AAUUUGCUUUUCUGUUCAGGUCCUGCCGGGUUAUUAAGAGUUUAAGACUGAGCUGACUGCAGUGAACUAAAGGGUGUGUGUGUGUGUGUGUGAGAGAGAGAGAGAGAGAGAGAGAGAGAGAGAGAGUUUAUGCUUCAAAAUCAGAAUCGAUGGAGGUGUCAAGUUGCACAACAAAUGGUGCAAUUCUACUUUUCAACUCUCUGAAUCCUUUUCAAACUCCCCGAAAUUCCUACUUAUUUAGCACUUCAGAAAAGAGAGAUUAAAUUUUUUUUUUUAAAGAGCUGCUGGCCUCACAUGAGCUCACAAGUACUAAAUGACCCACAAACACAAACCCAAAACUCAAAGGCCACCCCCACCUCCCAUAAGUACACCCAUCUAUCUUUCUGCAAAAAUCAAAGAGAAAACAAGAGAAAGAAAAGAUCAUCAAAAUUGCCAUGGAUGAGUUGAAAUGUUUAAGGGGUUGGUCUUGAUUAAUUAGCUGGCUAUGAUGAGAUUCAGAUGGUGAAGCAAGGAGGAGGAGAAGGAGGAGUGAUAAUGGCUUCAAGAUGCCAAGACUGUGGGAACCAAGCAAAGAAGGAGUGUGUGUACAUGAGAUGCAGGACUUGCUGUAAGAGCAAAGGGUUUCACUGCCAAACCCACGUCAAAAGCACUUGGGUUCCUGUCUACAGAAGACGCCACCAGCAGCUUCCUGCAGCAGCUAUUCUUUCUCAACAGCACGUUCAGCUUCAUCAUGAACAAGGACAUCACCACCAAAACCCUAAGAGGCCAGCUGAACACCUGACCAAUCCGUCUUCCUCAACAAGGCUAGAUCAAGAGGUGAAUUUUCCAGCUGAAGUGAAUUCCAUGGCAACUUUUAAGUGUGUUCGAGUGAGCUCAGUGGAAGACAUGGUUGAUCAGCACGCUUAUCAGACGAGCGUGGUGAUCGGAGGGCAUGUAUUUAAGGGAAUUCUCUAUGAUCAAGGUCCUGAUCAUCAUCAUCAAAAUUGUUACACUACUGUAGGCCAAAGCUCCAGCUCCCAUCAUUUAUUGUUAAAUAAGAAAACUAGUAAUUUUAUUAAUGCUGCUGAAAAUACUGCUUCCACUUCAUCAGCUCCUGAUCCUGCAGAUCAAGUACCACAUCAUCACCCUUCUUCAUACCCAUUGAUUCCCUUUAAUGCUUUCAUGCCUGGUACGCAAUUUUUCAUUAACCCAAAAUGAGUCUUAAUUAGGCUCUCUCUCUCUCUCUCUCUCUCUCUCUCUCUCUCUCUCUCUCUCUGUAAUUUGUUCUUGUGACUAAAAAAAUAAGGAAACAUAUAAUUAAUGUAAUAAUUCUGAAUAGUUUUCUUAUGAUCUUAACCAUUUUUAGUAAUAUGUUCAGCUAAUUAUUGGAGUGUAAAUAAUUAAAGAGACUCGUGAUCAGAUCCCUUUCUCUUUAAAGCAAGAUACAUAGUUUCUGUUCUUGUACAUUUAAACCACAUGUAGUACUCCAAAAAUGAGAAAGAUAUAUAAAUUCAGAAAGAAGAAGAAGAAGCUAGAUGAGCUUUAGUUAACUACUUCUGCUUUGUUCAAAUUUCAAUGCCUAAAUUAUGUGAUAUAUUCUCUGUGAAAUGUUGUGUGUACAGCAGGGUUUGCAAUUUGUCUUCUUGUAUAUUUGUUUAUGGUUAAUUCUCAUCUUCAAGGUUAAUCUACCAGAUUAUUUUAUGAACUUCGAAACCACUUUUCUCCAGCAUUUCCGUUUCUUUGCCGGCUAGGAGCAAUGUCUGGACAAAAUUUACAAAGAUUGCAAGCUUGUUUUCUUUAUCAUAUAAUUUCAAGUACUAUCCAUGUGCAUCAAAAUAUAAAAUUACAACCAAAAUGUCCAAGAAAAUAUACACAUGUAGAGACACAAUCACAGAGCAUGAAUCAUGACUCAUAUAGAUUUGAGGAAUUG